UUCACGUGACUCUGCAGGGUUAUUUCGUAAUGCUUUAAGACAGCUAACUGAUUUAACGUGAGGUUUUGGUGAUCUCGGGAUGGCGAACUCGCCUUCCUCUGUGAAUGGCCAUGAGUCCGCCUUGAAUACAGCUCUCCUAAAGGCGAUUUCAGAUUGUGGGGACUGCAUUCACAAGUUGAAGGAUGAUUUCGUCGAUUCUGGAUACCCCAUCACUGACGACAACACUUCGCUCCAUCGAUUAUCUGCAAAGCUUGAAUUCUUGCUCCAGGCUCACAUGAAAGUGAGAACAGGAGUUCUAGGCAAAAAACGAGAUUAUUGGGAUUACAUGCUGCGCUGUCUUGCCCGAAGACAUGUGCACGAUGGCAUCAAAUUUGUGAAGGCUUGUCCUGAGUACAAAACGUCGCUGGGUCGCGGAAGAGCUUUACUUCGGUUUUGUCUAGUUCACCAAUGUCUCGCAGACACAAUUCAACAAUGUGUGACUGAUGGAGAAACCACGUCAGCGUGCUACAAGUCGUGUUCCCCAUUGCUCAGACAAGAAUUGUCUUCCGAUUUGCUGGAUUCGUUAUACAUUCUUAAUGAAGUUAAGUUUGACCUGAAUCCCACGGGGCACGACCUGGACGUGGCCUGGCCCACGUUUUCGAAAACGUGUGGAGCUGGGAUGCUUCAUUGGCGACCGCCGAGUCGCACGAUGAGUAUUUCUUCGUUGGAUUCAUCCUUCUCAUCGUAUGAAAACGGUGGCGCGUUGUCGUCGUCGUUGAGUGAAGUACAUGAGAGAAAUGAGGAAGAAUUGAUGGAGUAUCGAAUGCAGGUUGCAGAUUUGAGAGCUACCAUCGAAGACCUCAAGUCGGAAAAUCGUUCGUUGAAACGAGCUGCGGAGAAGUCCACUGUGCACGCUGCUUUGCAAACGGAUCAAGAACUGGUAGGUGAUAUAAAUGCCUUAAAGUUGAAGAAUGCGAAUUUGAAGAAGGUCUCCCAAACUCUCCAAGAAAAGCUGUCUUCUUUUGAGCUUCUCCUUGAACGAACAGAAAAGCAAAAUGCCGCUUUGCGGAAGGUGGCAGAAAUGGGUCAAGAACUUGCCAAAGCCCGUGCUCAGCAACUCUCGGAACUUCGGGCAUCGAUUUCUCACCCGAAAAAUGACUCACAGUGCCAAACCGAUCUUACGGAGUGCGACAUUUCUAUCGGAGUCGAACAAAUUGAAAAGCUUCGUCACGCUCUCGAUCUCUCGAAGGAAAUCGGUCGACUAAAAUCAGAAGAAAACGAGGCAUUGAAAGAACAGCUUCGGUGUGCUCCCUUGCUGAAUACCAAUGCUCAACCACGCGACGUUUGCAUUGUCGAAAUGGAUCGUCAAGUGUGUGCUCUCAAAGAGGCUCUAAAACUCAGUAAACAAUUGCUUGCCCUACGGACCGAAGAAACGGAAGCUUUGAAACGCGAUCUUCAAGAAGUUGCUGACAAAGUAGCCGCCGAUAAAAGUGCGUGCUCCGAAAUGAACUCCGCCCUGUUACACGAGGCCAAAUCACGGAAGAUUGAGCAAGAGGAGGCGAAGAAGAAGAUUUUUGCACUCGAAGAAGCCCUAGCGCUAACGAAGAAAGUUUUAUCCGCCAAAGCUGGCAAAAAUCUGGAAUGCUCUUCCAUUUCUACGCAAACAGGAGAAGACGGGAAUUUGCGCCUGGAUUUGGAACGUUCUCACGUUCGCUCCUCAUUCGCUCGUAGCAUAAACGAAGACUGUGCUCGUCAGUUUGACGACAUGAGGGUAGAAUUCAAGCUUCGCAAAGCUCUGAGUGCUGAAGAACCAUUGACUCCACAACCAGACGAAGCCUCAAUUGAUCCCGCGAAGGAAGAUUUGUUCAAACCCAAGGAUGACUGUGUUCUCGAGAACCGCAAAGAAGCUCGAUUGCGAAAGCUUGAGGCCGCGUGUAGAGAUUUGCAUGCCCAUCUGGCAACGAAUGCCGACAAAAGUAUCGCUCUGGACAACAGUCUUGCCCGGAUUAUCAAGAUGGCAUCACCGACAGGAGUCGAAAGCCCCCUUUUGUCUUCCCCGGAUAUCGUUGUGACCGAAGCUUCCCAAUUUCAAGAGCCUGCUUUCGAGCAGGGGGAAAGAGUUCAGGAAAACUCGGAACGAAUCAUGGAGCAAGACAAUCAAAUCUUAAGUCUGCGCGCAUCCAUGGAAGCUCGAGAUGCUGAAAUGCGAACCCUUUCCGUCACGAAUUCGACUUUGUGCGAAGAAAUUGAGAACCUCCGAAUUCAGCUGGCCUCCCAAGCCGAGGAUUAUUCGAGAGUCUUAUUAGCGUCGGAAGAGGCACAAAACGAACUUGUUCGUUUAGCCGCGCAUGUCACCGAGCAGCAAAAAAUUAUAGAAGAGCUGGAAUCACGUUUCGGAGAUUUUGAAGGGGAUCGCUCUGCCGAGUUGAAUCAAUCCAUGAAACUGAAUGAAUCGUUGCAAGAGGAAUUGGCAGAAAAGAUUGCCUUGGCACUGGAUCUGGAACGGCGCGUCAAGAAGUAUUCCUCGGCUGUGUCUGGCUUGCGAGACAGCUUUCGCACUAUUUCACGUGAAUUGUUGGCGAUUGGAGCAGCCAGAGCAACAUCGGUGAAAGGUAGUCCAUCGAGUGGCCCGAAGGAUUUAUGGUCGAUGGGCGAAGAAUUAUCAUCGAAAAACAGCGUGAAUAUUUCCGAUGAAAACGACAACGAUCUUGAUGUGAUUGUGGGCAUUGAAUCCAAAGUUCGCUGGCUUGUGAAUUCGAUUCAGAAGCACAUAGGGGAUUUCGAUUCUGAUAAUAAGUUGUUACGGGAAGGGCUUGUCCAUUUACUGAAGGAGAAGGAUAGGUUAUGGCAACUUAAUAACCGAUUCGUGCAGCUGUUCCGACAGUUGAUGAGGAAUGAUUGGGCUGAUGACGAUUCCGCUUCCAACUGUGAAAGUUGUGGCGCUUCCUUUUCGUUGAUGCUUCGGCGACAUCACUGUAGGCUGUGUGGAAAAUUUUUCUGCUUUUCCUGUUCCGAUUACUCGGUUUCUUUGGCCACUACGAGGGGUAGGAACCGUGUGUGUCGACAUUGCUUCGCGUUGGUCCAGAAAAUUCGUUUGGACGUGAAUUCUUCGAUUGCUCUCGAAGAAUUAGAAAGCACGGUUGGUGAUGAUGAACCCAGUGAAGAAGUCCAAAUAGAACCCCUUUUCCGUCCAGUUAAUGUGGGAUUUGUGGAAUCCGCUGCCCCAAUUGUGACGUGUGCGAGACCAACUUCGAUUGGAGGUACACCACCUGCUGGUGAAGAGAAGUUUACUGUGAUAACAGGCGGUGAAAUCGCUUCCAUUCGAGCUGAAGUUGCAGAAUGUCCGACGUAUAUAUCUUGUCCGUCGAAAUUGAGUGAGACGGUUAUGCUGGCUGAUCUUGUUCACUGCGAAGAAGAAGGCACACCGGGAAAUGUCCGCAGUUUGUCAAAAGAAGGCAGUUUUGAAGAUUCUGAUGACUGGCGCCAAAAUAAUGGAAGAAGGGGCUCCGAUUCGAAUUUCCAACAUAGCGUCGAGUUCUGGGUCACUGCCAAAACAUCGUUUGGAGUACCCGUCAGCCUUCCUAUUCAUCCUUGCGUUCUUGCUUGGAAAGUUGAUACCCAGGCUCAGAUGGAUUUGAAUUUUGCCGUCACUUACCGUACGACUGGGCACGUUGGAUCUACGGAAUGUCUGCACCCUAUUCAGCGACUGCUAUCAGGGUCGUGCAGAGGACAGUUGAAGAUCAAAAGGUCGGGAAUAUACACCUUUGUAUUCGACAACACCUUUUCCUCGUUCAAGGCAAAGAAAGUUUCUUUGAAGCUGCGGCUGGAGAAAGAUCAGUCAUCACCGGGAACCCCCGCAAGCAGCACGACAGAGGAUUAA